AUGGCGGUCGUUUCUAGCUUGAGAUCAGUCACGAUGAUCGCCGUCGCCGCCUUCCUUCUCUUCGCCAUGCCUCUGGCAAUCGCCCUGCCCAGCUACACAAAUAAUUUCUCACUGCCACCAGGCACCGGCGGCCCCGAAUCUAUCGCCUUUGAUCGCCUCGGAGGUGGACCUUACACCGGCAUCUCCGAUGGUAGGAUUGUGAAACACGUUCCUCUCCGCGGUUUCAUUGAUUUCGCCUACACCGCACAAACCCGGAACAAGACGUUCUGCGACGGGAGAAACGCGACGGCCGAUGCCACGGUGGGGUUGAUCUGUGGGAGGCCAGUAGGGAUUGCAUUCAACAGUACUGGGUUUCUCUUCAUCUGUGAUGCUUACUUGGGGCUUUACGUGGUCGGUCCUUCCGGAGGACGAGCGACCCGGCUCGUUUCUUCCGCAGGAGGCGCAGCGAUCCGCUUCUGUGAUGGCUUGGACGUCGAUUCUAAUACCGGUUUAGUCUACUUCACAGAUGCUAGCUCCCGAUAUGUACUCAGCAAUGCCACCCAAGCCAUCCUGAAUGGGGACAGAACCGGAAGGCUACUGAGCUUCAACCCGAGGACCGGACAGGUUGCCGUGUUGGCCAGGGGGCUUUCGGGUCCUGGCGGCGUCGCCGUGGCUAAGGACAGCUCCUACCUCCUCAUCACCGAGUUCGUCGGCGGCACCGUCAAGAAGUUCUUCCUCACUGGCCCGAGUGCUAACAGGAUUCAGACCUUGCUGAACAACGUCCCCAUCGCGAGCAAAAUCAAGCGAACCGUGGAAGGAGAGUUUACCUUCACGGAGACCGUAGCGCCCUUCACGCAUAGGGCGCUGAGGAUCAACGGAGACGGGACGGUUCUGGCGAACGUGUCCCUCGGUGGCCCUUACAACAACGUUAGUGUCGUCACCGGAGUUCAAAUCUUUCGUGGGUUUACUUACGUUGCGUCUCUGGAUGCCAACUUUAUUGAUCCAGUCUCUGAGCUGGGGCUCGCCUAAAUGUCGAAGGCCGCAUAACGAACAACCUU